AUGUAAAAUGUUAAAUAAAUGAGGGAAAAAUACGAGAACAUUAAAUAACACAACCCAAAUAGAAAUGUUAGUUCAAGAUCAUUUCAUAGUCAAACACCAUCAAAAGAAUAAUAUUAAGUAGCUUUUUCUAGUAGCUAAUAAUCACAAUAAAAACAAAUAAUAUAGAUUGGAAAAAAUUUAUUAUGUAGUCCUUGUUACAAUAAAAGACUAUUAAACAAAUAAUAAUUGAAUAAAUAGUAAGAAUUUGAAUUGGAAAAAGUAAAUCUACUAUUAUAUUAUAGAGACUAUUGAAGAAAUAAAUGGAAUAAAAUCAAUUACUAGAAUAAUAAAAAAUAAAUUUCGAAGUUGGACAAUUAUCAUACAGAAAACAAUAGGAAUAAUAAAAUCUUGCUAUUUCGAAAUAAUUAUAGGAAUAAUAAAGAGAAAGAGAAAAACUAAUUAAGGAGUAAGAAUUAUAACAAUAAAACUUAAUUAUAAAAUAAAAUUAAGAAAUAUUAUAGAAAGAAAAAUUUGAAAAAAAAAAGAAAUAGAAUAGUUUGCAUUAAGAACUUGCAAGUUAAAUUGAAUAAUAAAAUAGAUUUAAAAAGUAAGACUAAUUAUCUUAAUCUAUGGAGUAUGAUGAUCCUUAUUGGAGAUAUCAAGAAUAAGAAUAGAAAGAAAUAUAAAGAAGAAAAAAUUAUUAGAUGAUUUAUAAUAAUAAUAAUUGGUAAAAUCAUGAAAAAGAGCAAAUUAAGAAAAAAUAACAGGAGAAAGAUUUUAAAAAUAAAGAAAUUGAUGAAAGAAUUAAGACUUUAUAGGAUUAUCAUAAUUAAUUAGAAUUAGAAAAAAUAGAAAAAUAAUAAAUAUAACAUUAACUUAUAUUAGAUUUAAACGCAUAAGUCAAACUUAAAAAAACAAAAUAAAAAGCUAUCAAAUUAAUUGAAUAAUAAAAAUAGCGUCAAAGAGAUUAAGAAGUUGUUUAAUUAGAAAAAUAAAGAUAAUAAUAGGAAAUUUGUAAUAAAAAGAAAGUAAGUUAAGAAAUAAUAGAAGGUCUUAAUAAGCAAGUUGAAAUGUAAAAAUAAUAAAAUACUAAAUAAUAACCAGAAUCAAUUAAUAGUGAUUUUUACAUAUUGAAACCAGUUGUUGAAAAGAAAACCAUAUCUUGUGCUGAUUGUAAAAAACAAUAGGUUCCAGAAUAAUUAAGUUAUGCUUGA